UAUGCCAUAUAAAAUAGAAAAAAAAUGUUUGGCUGGAUUGAUAAAAUUUAUUUAAGUAUUUGUACCAAUUUAAUUAUAUACGUAAUAGUUAAUAAAUUUUUAGUUAUUCAAUAUAUAUUUAUUAUUUCAUAAUAUGUAAAAAAUAUAGAAUACUUGAAAAUAAUUUAUAUAUAUUCAUCCCGCGCAAGGCGCGGAUCUUAACCUAGUUUUUAUUAAAGCCAUACAAAUGUUAUCAUUUUUUUAUAAACAUAUAAACUUUUUUCUGUUUUUGUUCCUUAAUUAUUUUUCUGGUAUUUAAUAUUAAUAGGAAUAUUUUUAAAUAAUUAUAACAAGAAAUAUAUACACACAUAUCUUGGAUAAAAUAUAAACAUGUGAAAUCUAGUUAAUAAUUAAUGAUUACAUAUAUAUUACUUCUUUAAAAUUAUUAAAUUACACAAGAUAUUUUAAAUUUUCAUUUAAUAGCACACUUUAUAAAAAAAAAUUACAAGAAGACAAAAUUCACAUUCUUUUGAAACAAGACUACUAAACAAGUUAAGGACAUCACAUUGUUGUUUAAGAAAAUCAUGAAGAUACAUACAGCUCUCAUGUGCAUAUUCAUCAUCUCCCUAUUUACUUUACAUCAGUGUGCAAGGACAGAUAUUAGAGAUAUAGAUAAAUCAAAACUAAUCAUAGACUCAAAUUGUAUGCGUACAAAAUGGUUUAAGAAAUGGGGUUGGUGUUGUGUAGCCUUAAAAGGUGAUCCUUGUUGGCCCGACCAAGCCGCAUGUGAUUCAAAAUGUCCUCGUCCUCAUUCUUCUUAGAGUAUAUAGUAAACUUUAUGUAUUAAAAGGGCUUAUUUACUGCAUGAAAAUAAUAAAUAAUAUUAAGUUACUAAUUUAUUUUAAUUUGGAAUUAUUUUAUUUUGAAUUUUAAAUAAUUAAGUGUUUUAUCUGCACAUACAGAAAUAAUCAUUUUAUAAAUAUUUAUUAUUACAUCAUUAUCAAUUGAAAAACCAUCACAUUUCAACGCUAUUAUCUCCAUCUAUGAAGGAAAAAAUCAGCAAAAAAUAUUCAUAGAAGAUAUAACUUUAAAACUAAAAAUUUAUCACAACUGAAUAUCUGUCAUAGUUUAUACAUUAUUGGAAUUUUAUCCAUAUAAUAAGUUAGAGAUAUUUUAAUCAAUGCAAAUAUGUUUUAAGUGAACCAACACUUGUUGUUGACAAAAAAAAAAGAACCAACACUUGUCGAACACUUGGAAAGACAUUGUUAUACUGUAUAUUUUUGUUUGACUUAAAUUUUUUAGAAGUAAUUACGUGAACGCAUUAUUAUUUAGUUUUGAACAGUAGAAUAUUAAACAAUAGUAUGUUAAUUUUUGUAUUAUAUGUACACAAAUAUAUGAUAUAAUUUCUGCAAUUUGACGUGAUUAGAAUUUGUGAAACGGUUGGUUAUCAUGGAAAAGUGUAUGAAUAGAAUAUAUUUAUAUUUUCUGAACAUUUUAUAUGAUAUAAUAUAUAUUUUUGAUUUUAUAAUAACAAUCUUUAUUAUUAUCUUAUCAUUAUCUAUUGUAUUAUUAUUAUCUAAAAUUAUUAUUUAUUGUGUUAUUAUCCAGAAUUAAUAAAAACAGAAAGUACCUAAAUAUAAAAACUAUUACUCGAUUAUUUAAAUAAUAAAAUAAAUUAUUCAUUAAUUAAGUGUAACAACGACUUACCACUCUAUUUUUUUUUAACAUGAAAGCUCGAAUACAAAAAAAAAUAUUUCAGAAAUAAUAAUGUAGAUAUGAGAUGUAAAAAUGGGAAAAUAUUGAGUUAAUAAAAGAAAUUCUAUUAAAUAUUUUUUUUAACAUGAUAAUGAUCCCUGACAAAAGUAACAAAAUCUUUGCAUGUACACAUAUAUCUACACGUUUUUGUUAUUAUUAGGUCAUAUGCUUCUAAGUUUCAUUCAACUUAAAAGGAAUUGAAGAAUAAAUGAUUAGUAAAAUUUGAUCUAGUUAUAAAAUUUGAUCAAUUUAUAAAAUUUGGAUCAAGAUUAUUGACUUUGGGUGACCAAAGGUCAAUCUAAGAUGCUCAAUACAAUCAUUGAAUGAUAAUAUUAGGUCUAAAAUCUAGGGCUGGACAUAAAUACUCGUUACUCGCCGUAUAUAUGUUACUUGGUCCAUAGUCGCUUCGAUUUUUCUAGUACUCGUCGUUGUCAAGUAUCAAGUCACUAAGUUUUGCUACUUGCAAGUACAAGGAAAGUAACAAGUAUCGCAAAAACAAUUAACGACCCGCCUUGAUAUUACUCGUUACUUGUUUUAUUACUGAAAAUUGUUAACUAAACCAGAAAAACCAAAGCCCUAAAACAUAUAUUUCUUUGUUGUAAGAUGUAAGAAAUACUUUCUUAUCAAAAACUUUUUUUACUGAACUUCCUUAUAAAAAUCUAUGUAUUUUGUUUCUUAUUCUUUUUUAUAUUAGGCGCAAAUAUUUUAUUUAAAAUAAUUCUUGUGUUUUUUUCCAAGUCAGAGUAAACAAAAUGAAUUUUCAUAACAUUCUCUGAUAAAAUUAUAUGCAAAGUAAUUCUCAGAAACUUAAAAAUAUGUCCAAAUAAUUUAUAAAUACUUAUGCGUAACAAGUAAUCGAACGAGGCAAAUAACUUGCAAGUAAAAUAUUUUUAAACAAGUACUUGAAAUAACAAGUACUUGUUUUCGACAAGUCAAGUACAAAUCCAAAAAUUUAUUACUCGUUUUAAAGCAACCCAAAUAUCAAGUAUACAUAAAAAACAAGUACUCGCCUUGCGUCCAUCCCUAAGUAAAAUCACUAAUUUGACCUUAUCCAGUUCCAUCAUACUAACCAUAUGUUAAUUAUGAAUUUAACACCAAUUCCAUUAAUAUCACAAUAUGAGCAAACAAUAAUCUAAUGUCCUAAUAACCAUUAAAUACCUUAAACAUCAAUUUUCAUUGACUAGACAUGUAAAAGCGACACAAGGAGCUUUACCCACUGGAGCUAACGUACAACAAGAGGUCUACUGCAUAAAACUACUUGUAUUCGAUGCGGAGAGCUAGAAAUUGUUACGCAUUUAUUCCUUCGCUGUGAUUUUGCAACUUCUCUUUUCAAGCUACAAAAUUAAAUCCUGAAAAAAGCUCGGACUUUGUUGAAGCUUUAAAUAUAUGUAAAAAAGGUUACAUGCCUGCCCCCCUAAUGGUAUUACCUCUGAUAUCUAUCCUUGGAUAUGCUGGGAAUUAUGGACAGCGAGAAACAAAAUGAUAUUCGAAGAUAAGCUAGUUUCACCGGAGGAAACACUGUCCAAAACCAUAAGGAAUGCACGGGAAUGGAAGAUGGCAUAACCCCUGCUGCCUACACCAACCCACCAAUGCAGUCAGUCAUUGAUCAUACCCAACUUGGAUGAUUCAGUACUCUGCUUUUCAGAUGCAGCAUGGAAGAAGGAAAGCAACAUAACAGCAUUUGGAUGUAUUUUUAAAAAUAAAGAAGGGUGAAUCAUCUACAAGGUUUCUCGAGUGGAAAGACAAGUCUCAUCGCCGAAGCUCUAGCACUGCUUUGUGCAGUACUCACCGCCCAAACACGGGGCUACUCAAGAAUUUGUUUCAUCACAGAUUAUCAACCGCUCUUAGUAGCAAUUUCUUCGAAAUCUCUUCCGGCUGACCUCUGUGGGAUCCUCCAGGUAUAGGUGUCAACUAGGCGGGGCUGACUUGGGCUAACUCAGUCUAAUUCAUUUUUGGCGGGAUAUGGAUUCGUCCAAUUAAUAAAUGGUCCAGUUGGACAAAAGACCAAUUGGUACAUGGUGCAACUAGGUAAAAACCAAAUGGACAAUGGUGUCCAUGGGCUUCUUAAAGACAUACUAUCAUGAUUUUAACCAAAAAAAAACAUAGCUUACAAUUUUAGCAAAAAAAAACGGUUUUAUCGGGAAAUCAAGAUUUAACGAUUUUGACGGAAAACAUAAUUUCAAAAUUUUGGCAAAAAGAACGUAAUUUUACAGUUUUAAAGAGAAAUUUUAUAAUUUUGGCGGGAAAACAUAAUCUCACAUUUUUGACGAAAAAAUGAAUUUUACAGUUUUGGUGGGAAAAUGUAAUUUCACGGUUUUGGCAAAAAAAUAUAAUUUCUUGGUUUUGGUGGGAAAACGUAAUUUCUCGGUUUUGGCGGGAAAAUGUAAUUUUUUGGUUUUGGCCGAAAAACAUAAAUUUCUUGUUUUUGCGGGAAAACGUAAUUUUUCAGUUUUGGCAGGAAAACAUGAUUUCUCGGUUUUGGCAAGAAGAAGGUAUUUUAUAAUUUUGAAGAGAAAACAUAAUUAUAGAGAGUAAAAAAUCUAAACUAAUAAUCGAAAAAAUAAUUACAAAUACUAUUGGGUGUCCAUGGGCAUGCUCAUUUGGACAUGGUCUCUAUUGGUCUUGCACAUUUGUUUGGACCAUUGUCUAAUAUAGACCACCCAUUACUACCCAAAAUUGAAAUGGUCCAAUUGGUCACGGACCAUUUGACAGCUCUAUCGCCAGGAUAUUGAAUAUUUAUCUCCAGGAUAUUGAAUAUCUAUCUCCGUUUUUUCUACCCUGUUUCUUUUAAGUUUAUUGCAAAGCUUUUGAACUCCUUAGCUGAUUUGAUUGCUAAGUCUACUCUUUGUACCGCUACUGCUAUUUCAUCCUAGUCAUGGGAUGAUUUCUUCUUAAUAUAUUUGGUGUUCAAAAAACAAAAAUGUAAGAACUCAUAACUCUUAAUCAGUUUCCUAUGUUGUGCCAAAAGGUGAACCUCAUAAAUGAUAUUUAAGACCAUCUUAGUUAAUUUUUCAAGUAUAGAUUCUAGAUUCUGCAUAUGAACUCUCCACUAUUCCAAGUUCUCCACUCUUGCAUAACUCUAAGAAGACCUAAACAAGACUCAAAGACUAUAUGAAAAUUUCAUGAAAUGCAACUAAGACUUUAAAAUGGAUAACAUGGAGAAAAUGAAUGCAAACUGCUUAAUUCAGACUCUAAAGGAGAUGAGAAAAACCAAUGGAGUUGGCUAGUGACGCUUAAGGGAUAAUCUCAUUAUGGUGAACUUGCAGUUCGAUUCCCACUAAUCAUCAGAAGAUUUACAAAUGUCGGUAUUGCUGGGAUCCACAGAUUAGUCUGUUGACUUUAAUUCGGUCACUGGUUAAUUCAAAAAUAAAUAAAUAAAUAAAUAAAGUGGAUGAGAAAGGACUACCACACUUUAUUUACAUGGCUAAAAGCCAAGAAAUAUGCACACAUCAAUUCUUCUAACUUGUCUUUCGACUGUCUUCAAGCAAACAAACAUUUCGUUAUCCCUCCAAUGGAAAGUUCGUCGAAGUCUGAAUAAAUUAAUUAAGCACCGACGGGUGUGGAUUUAUGUGUCAAGUAUGUAAGCAUAAUUUGCUUCUGCCACUGUCGUCAAAGCAUUAAUCUGGAGACUCCUUCUGAUUUAUAAUUUACUUGGGUUUGGACUGCUUGGUUUUCCAUGUGAGAUGUGCAGCGCACAUUCUUAACCUCAUAGUACAAGAUGGGUUGAAGGUAAUUGGAGACUCUUUGCACAAAGUAAGAGAGAGUGUUAAGUAUGUACUGUCAUCGGAAACACGUGAAAACUUGUUCCAGAAAUGCGUUGCGGCUGCGGGUGUAGUAGAAACUGGGGGUCUACUCCUCGAUGUUCCGACAAGAUGGAACUCCACUUUCUUUAUGCUUGAAAGAGCCAUCAGGUACCGUCGAGCCUUUGCCAAGUUGGAGACAUUUGAUAAGAAGGGUUAUAAAAUGGCUCCCACUGCUGAGGAAUGGACAAGAGCUGAGAAUAUCUGCAAUUUCUUGGGUCCGUUUGCUGUAAUCACGACCUUGAUGUCUGGUUCGAACUAUCCUACUUCAAACUUGUAUUUCUAUCAGGUUUUCCAGAUCCAUAAUUGGCUUCGGAUCAAUGAGGGAAGCGAAGAUGAGAUUGUGAGAUACAUGGUGCCACCGAUGAAAGAGAAGUUCGAUAAAUAUUGGGAUGAAGUCAGUGGUCUUUUUGCAAUGGCAGCAGUCUUCGAUCCAAGGUUUAAGCUUUCCAUUGUCGAAUGCUGUUUGGAAAAGCUUGACAUGAGUACACGUGAUGCAAAGCUAAAGAACUUGCGUGAGAAGCUUAGUAUUUUGUUUGAGUCGUAUGACAAAAAAUCCAAGAAUAGCUCACCGUCUACAGAGCCACGAGAGACUGUUUCACAAAAAGCUUCUGGAGCAGGGACAAUGGGACUGUUUGAGAACUACGGUGAUUUCUUUGCAUUUCGCAAAGUCAGUGGGGUUGCGACUGGAAAAACACCUCUAGAAGCUUAUCUUGAUGAACCACCUCUGGACAUUACUAAUUUUCAGAGCUUGGACAUCCUCGAUUGGCGGAAGGAUAAUGCCCAUCGGUAUGGGGAUUUGCCUGCAAUGGCAUGUGACCUGCUAAGUAUUCCAAUCACAACAGUGGCUUCAGAGUCCUCUUUUAGCAUUGGAUCUAGAGUUCUUAACAAAUACAGGAGCCGUCUUCUCCCAAAAAAUGUGCAAGCUUUGAUAUGCACUAGAAAUUGGAUCAAGGGAUACGAAUCUUAUGCACAUGAUGAAGAAAUCGAUGGUGAUGGUGAAGAAGAGAAAGUGCCAUCAUUUCAGUCCAUUGUCAAUGGGGAAGAUGAAGAUGAGGAAGCUUGAAUUGUUAUUUUGAUUUGGUGUUUUUAUUUUUUACAAUCUGCUACAUCUUGUUUUACUUGCUUGGUUUUGUUUUGACUGCUUUGAUUUGGUGUUUUUCUUUAUUUAAAAUUUGUUAAGACUAAAAUCUCAUCUUCUACAUGCACUAUAAGAUUUAGUUAUCAUCAAUAACUCGAGCUUGGUUAUCAUCAGUGACUUCAAGAACUUAUAUGAAUUGAAAUUUUGACUACAAGGACAAAAUGAAUUUAGAUAUGUAGUAUAAAAGCCUGAAUUGUACAUCUUUAACACGAAGAUGAAGUGUCCUGGUCUCCUGGAGCAGCAUGCAGCGUCAGUAAGUGUUAUGGAACAGCACACAGCGUUUAGAAGUCCAUUGGUGCACCUGAUGGUUCGCAGCCCGCGGGACGACCUGUAAAGGCCUGUGCAUUUCGGCGGGGCGGGCUUGGGCCGAGCUAUUGGAGACCGCAUCCCGCGCGGGCUUGACCCGCCGUAACCCGCACAAGAGAAAACCCGCAGCGGUCCGGGCCGGGACGGGACGGAACAACCCGUUUGACAACACUACAAAUGGCCAAAAUAUAAAUUUAUUAAGGGAUAUGAUUGGUAAAAUGUGGACUGAUGAAAUUAAUUACAUCUAAAAACGUGACUCCAUGAAAAAAUUUCAAAUUAGAAAAAUUGUGAAAUAAAAUAAAAAAGAAAUUUUUUGUGUUUUCGCUGACAAAAUACAAAAAAAAAUCAUUAAGUGAAAAUUAAGGUUUUAUUAGAUUGCUUGUAAAAUCAAAUUUUCAUUAUAUUUAAUUAUAUAAUAAUGAAUAUUGUAAGCUACUCACUCCGUUUUUCAAUAUAAGUCGUUUUAGAGAAAUUUUUUUGUUCCAAAUUAUAUGUCGUUUUUGGUUUUCUAUGUAACAUCUAUUAAUAAUUAACUAGGUUAAGAUCUGUGCCUUGCGCGGGAUAAACGUUAUAUAUAUAAAUUAUUUCAUAUAUAUUAUAUGUUUCUAACAUAUUAUGAAAUAACAAAGAUAUAUUAAAUAAAUUAAAAUAUAGUAACUAAUACUUAUAUAAUUAAAUUGGUACGAAUAUAUAUAUAAAUUUUAUUAAUCCAAAAAAUAUUUUUUUCUAUUUGAUAUGGUAUAUAAUUAAAUUUAAAUGAUAGUAACAUAUAUAUAGUAUAUUUAAAAUUAAUAUUUAUGAGAUGUUUUUCGCUCAUAUGUUUUUCUUAUCAUUUGUAUAUGUUAUAGCAAAAAAUUAAAAUUACUGAUAACAAAAUUUUCACUGUAGGAUUAAUAGGUUAAGUAAUUUAUAAUAUUUUAAAAAAUUAAGUUGUCAAUAUAUUUUCAAAUUUUUUAUUAAAAAUUGAUCAAACUAAAUUUCAAAAUUAAGAUAUUUAUGUAUUUUUUAUAUGGCAUAUAAAUUAACUUAAAAUGAUAUAUAUAUAAAUAUAUAUAU